GGCCCUUGUCUUCUGUUGUUACAUUUGGUGUCGCUGCCUACCGACAAAUGAAAAGCCUAUACCCUGCAGUUUUUGAUGGAGACAUAUGGAUCUUCGGGCAGGACUUCAAGGCUUCUGCGCAGUUGAGUGGCGUUCAAGAUCUGUCAGCGAUGGAGCUGCUACUUGAGACGCUGCUGGGAGGUCGGGCGAAAGCAGCAUAUGAAGGUGUGGGCCGAAGUAUGGACGAAUGUUCGACAGGGUCAGGCAAACAGUUUCCAAAGUGGGAAGGACCAUAUAUGGUCACUUCGAGAUGGGGUUACGCAGACACAGUCGCAAUGGCGAACAAUGAGAGGCGCGUGAACGUCAGCGAGCUCCAGAAAUGGAUACAGCGAGACAAGCCAACGAUGACGCCUGCACCAAGUAGAUCAAGCCGACUUCAGUCGCACGUAUUUGACGGGGGGACGAGUGUGGUGAGAGCAGGCUGCUAGCCGAUUGGUUGGCACUAAUCUACGUUAAGGUCUAGGUCACUAAUAUGGGCCGUGAACAAGCCUGAGUCAACAACCAAUCACAGCAAAGUUAACGUGGCAAAAUAUGAU